AUGACCUGGAUUCAGGGAAGUCAGAACCCAAACACCCCCACUCGCUGCUCAAACAGGGGUAGCCAUGCGGGAAUGUCGCCUCCGGGGUUACAGCCCGUUCUCCCCCCGGGAGACUACAGCUUCAAUGUCUUUCAAUCCCCACCAGAACCUGACCAAAGCAAUAUGCCACACUAUCCUGCGCAUAAUACCUUGAUUGACCCCACAAUACCCAACAAUACCCCUCCGACCUUCUGGGAUGACUCUCCUUGCGCUAUGCCAUUUGACCAAUCGAGUCAGCCAACGCCCUUCAUGGGUCAGACCCCAGUCCGUGACUGCACAAUCGCAUUGCAGACGGCUAUGCAGCCACCUUUCUUUACUCCGCAGUUACAGGAUAACCCGAACAUCUUUCGUCCUAACAAUGCUACUCAUCUACCUGCACAUGGAUUCGAGCAGCUGGCUCCUGAACUGCCAACUAGAUCUCAGAAUCCAUGGCCACGUAGAUGUGAAUGGGUCGGUUGCGACUAUUCCGGGACCUUCAACCGCAAAGCAGAGCUCAUGCGUCAUCUGGAGGAGAAGCAUGUGGCACCGGGGUCGCAUAUAUGUCCCGUCAGACGCUGCCAUAGGUCUUUUAACCGAGGGUAUAAUCUGAGGAAUCAUGUGCGAGUGAAACAUGUGAGGCGCAACGAUUGGGCAUAG